AUGACUAGCAGCGACCGUCUUCCGAGAAACGAGACUGAGUGGAGGGGGUGGGCCGCUUCGCAUGAGGUGUCUAACUCAACUAUCCAUGAUGCUCCGCUCACGUCUGGAUCGAAUAUCAACCACCAGCAAUACCUUCUACUGCAUGUUCUUUGGAAGUCAUCCAUGGCCAGACAAUUAAAACUGGAAGAGUUUGGCCUGAAGGAAUGGAAACAGAAGGCUGACAAACUUCUGGCAACACUCCAAUCCUGGGAUCGCUACCACCAGAGCUUCACGAGCAACACUAUCCUUGAGGGAACCUUCGCCUUAGCUAAAAAGUACCAGUCUGAAGCCUCGGGGUCCCUUGAUGAGAGGUUUCGUCCAGAUGUGACAUUUACUCCUGUUGCCCAUCGCACACGUGGCAAAGUGGGUGGAUUAGAGCGGAAGAUGAGGGAUAUACAACUUCAGACCCCGACUAAGUCAACGGGAAUGAUACCAGACACACCAGGUGAAGAAUCGCCUUUCAAUUCACCAGGACCGGGUGAAAUCUCCAAUCAAGUCUAUCCCCAAACAGAAGAUGAGCAGAUUGUAAAUUCAGCACUUGUGGACUUUUUGAAUGCUCUGAGCAUACACUUCCCUGAAGCAUGCGACUGGACUCUACAUCGGAAAUCUUUCAAGGCAGAUUUCGAACAUGCGUCGUAUGAAGCACGAAGCGAUGGCUAUCUCAAGGGAGAGUCUCCUGGGAAGGGGCGGGCACUGAUUGAAGUAAAGCCAAUGCUAAGGGAGAAAAAGCGAAUUCCGAUCUGCAUGCAGGAGGCUGCUCAGAUGGUGGCUUGGAUCAAAUCAGAUCCUGAUUCUACUGGUGUGUUGAAUCUGCCGGGUCGUCGUCUCCAUGUUUCACAGGACCGUCAUCUUAUUUAUCUCAUUUUUGCGGAGUAUGAUGACGCCUAUAUUCAGUAUCUCAACAACACGCUGCCCCCCGGGCCGUCCCCGUUUCUCAGGAUGCGUGAAUUUGGGCCCUGGAAUACGCUAAAUCGAAGUGACAUGAUCAGUCUUGGUGGAACUCUACUCGCAAUUGCCUUACGUGCAUAUGCAGAUGCCAAAUCAAACAACUGA